CCGGAGCCGCUAGAGCAGAGCUCGGUGCAGAGCUGCUCGGCUGUCGCUUCCUCGGCCGGAGGCUGGGCCCUGGUGCUGAUGCUGGUCGGCUGCGCGAGCUGGGCCCGCGUAGCCUCCUCGCCGCCGCGCUCGGGACUCCCGCGAUGAUGGCGGAGCAGGUGAAAUGCGCCUCGCCGGUGGCGGGCUCCGGCGCGGGCCCGGGGCCGGUGGUGAACGCCGAGCUGGAGGUGAAGAAGCUGCAGGAACUGGUGCGCAAGCUGGAGAAGCAGAACGAGCAGCUGCGCAGCCGGGCGGCCACUGCGGCCGCCGCCCCGCACCUGCUGCUGCUGCAGCCGCCGCCGCCCUCCGCGCCACCGCCAGCCGGGGCCUGCAGCCCGCUCGCCACGCACAGGGCCCCGGCCAGCACGACCUCCCCGGGCCCGGGGGCGCUGGGCCCCGCGUUCCCGGGCACCUACUGCUUGCCCAGCCCCGCGCCCUCCCUGCUCUGCAGCCUGCAGUCCGCCGACGCGCCCUUCGUCUACUCCAAGCCGGCGGCGGGCUUUUUCGGGGGAGGUGGCAGCCCGGAACCAGGCGCAGGGACCCCGCCUGGGGAAGCCGCCACGCCGCCGUUGCCGCCUCCGACGCUGCUGGACGAGGUGGAGCCGCUGGACCUGGAGAGCUUGGCCGCCUGGAGCGAGGAGGACGACUACACCUGGUUAUACGUUGGCUCUCCAAAGACAUUCACCUCACCAGAGAAGUCCCUGAGUCCUUUACAGUGGUGUAGACAUGUCCUAGAUAACCCCACUCCUGAGAUGGAAGCAGCCAGACGCUCCCUGCGCUUCAGACUGGAGCAAGCGAGCCGAUGGCGGAGUCUCUUCUCUUCACCUGCCUCCCUGGCUUUCCCUUAUAGCCCUGUUGCAAGACUCAGCCCUUAUAGCAAUGGCAUUAGUACUCCCAGCUCCUCUAAAACCUCCAACAAAGCAAUACUAACACCUGAAAGAACAGGUUAUACCUCCAGGGGCUCUCCACUUAGCCCCCAGUCAUCUAUCGACAGUGAGCUGAGUACCUCGGAGCUGGAGGAUGAUUCUAUAUCCAUGGGAUAUAAAUUACAGGACCUUACUGAUGUUCAGAUCAUGGCUCGUCUGCAAGAAGAGAGUCUCAGGCAGGACUAUGCUUCCACUUCAGCCUCUGUGUCCAGAAACAGUUCCAGUAUAUCCCUGAGUUCAGGGAAGAAGGGGACAUGCAGUGAUCAAGAAUAUGACCGGUACAGCCUGGAGGAUGAGGAGGAAUUUGACCACUUGCCGCCGCCCCAGCCCCGUCUCCCCAGGUGUUCACCUUUCCAAAGAGGGAUCCCCCACUCACAGACUUUCUCCAGCAUCCGGGACUGCAGGAGGAGCCCCAGUUCCCAGUAUUUCCCUUCAAAUAACUUCCAGCAGCCACAGUAUUAUUCACCUCAAGCCCAAACUCCAGACCAGCAACCAAAUAGGACCAAUGGAGAUAAGCUACGAAGAAGUAUGCCUAAUCUGGCCCGGAUGCCCAGCACCACUGCAGUUAGUAGCAACCUCAGCUCUCCCGUGACAGUGAGGAGCAGUCAGAGUUUUGACUCAAGCUUGCAUGGAGCUGGAAGUGGGGUUUCUCGGGUACCGUCCUGCAUCCCAUCACCAGGACAGAUUCAGCACAGAGUUCACAGCGUGGGGCACUUCCCAGUGCCCAUCCGGCAGCCCCUGAAGGCCACAGCCUAUGUGAGCCCCACUGUUCAAGGCAGCAGCAGUGGCAGCAGCAUGCCCUUGUCCAAUGGCACGCAGUUAUAUUCCAACACGGGCAUCCCUACUCCGAACAAAGCUGCGGCUUCUGGGAUUAUGGGCCGCAGCGCCCUUCCGAGACCUUCAUUGGCAAUAAAUGGGAGUAACCUGCCUCGAAGCAAGAUUGCACAGCCUGUCAGAAGUUUCCUGCAGCCCCCCAAACCUCUGUCUUCACUCAGCACUCUGAGGGAUGGAAACUGGAGAGACGGUUGCUACUGAUGCAGCUUUAUGGACCCAUGAAGAAUGGGAAGACAUGAAAAUGAGGGUGUGUUACCUAGCUGGCUGGGUAACCGUGGAUGCUGGGAUGCUCUCCCCUUCACACUAACACACGCACGGCAUCAUGUUCAGUGGACCAAUCACCAGAGACUAACGAUCUCACUUACUCUCUGCCUGAGAUACCGCGGCAUUCCCAAACCCGCCGCGGUAUUGUUACCUUAGAUCUAGGAAGUUUUUGUAGACCUGCUCUGUACCUGAAUACUUUUUGAGAGAGAUUGAGGCGUAUCAAUAAUGCUUUGCCAUAUGAGGUUUUUAAACGUACCUUGUUCAUUUUACCUACAUGUUCUAAGCACCUUCCCGUUACGUGUUCUGCAUUUUAAUACAUUGCAUAUUUACAACUAGGUUCUGUAACAUGGUUUGAAUUUUAAUUUUUUAUAGUUUACAGGAAUUUUAUUUUUUGUGCCUAUUUCUUUUUACGCCUAUGUGAACCACUAUGGAACAACUUAAAUUUUGUGCCAUAAAAAUAUUUUUGUGGUAAGGUUACUAUUUUUUUAGCUCCAGGGAUAUAUCAGCAAAAACACACCUUACGAUCUGAGACAUAAUUUUACGUUGAAUGAGCACAAUUUAAUCUAAAGCAUUGCAAGGAGACAGCCAGAUGGCAGAGUUGAAGAGUCUUGUCUUUUUCAUUGUUAAUUUAUUGUCUUACAUGAAUCUCAUAUUUAUGAUAGUAUCACAAGCUCAUUGCACUUAAGACCCGCAAUGUUUGCUACUCGACCACAAUUGAUUUUCAAUACUUUAUUACAAAGGAUGAAACUGUAAUGUUUUAUUAACAAUGCUUCUGGAAACGAAUGCAUUUUAAAGCAAAUAAAUCUUUUUGAUAGACCUUUUACAAAAACCCAUUUGCACUAAUGAAUGCUUUCUUAUGGUCUAUGACUUACUCUUUGUUACUGUGGACCUGCUGUUUUCGAAUGUUCGGAAAUAAAGACUCUAUUUCAGCA